AUGCAGGGCGUCGCCUUCCUCGGAGGGUCUUCUUUGGCUUUCACAGCCUUCGCUGCUCUCUUCUUUGUGGCAUUCACUGUCCUUCUCCAACGGUACCUUCACCUCCGUCAUAUUCCAGGCCCAUUGCUGGCGAGCCUCACAGACCUUUGGCUCACUUACAAGUUCUGGUUUGGCGAGGGCUUUGCUCAAAUCACAAGCGACCUCCACCGCAAGUAUGGCCCGAUCGUCCGCAUGGGACCAAACCGGUUGAUUUUCUGCAAUGCAUCCGCCAUCUCUGUGAUUUACAGAACCACCGAUGUAAUGCCAAAGGUGAGUUUUGGCGAGCCCCACAUUGGUCCUCAUUCUAUUCUCCACUCAAGGUCUUGCUCCGCGGACGCGAGGACAUCAUUCGUCACAAUCCUCGAUGAGAAGCGUAUGAGCGCUAUCAAGCGUCUCCUUUUGGGAAAUCUCACUAUCAAUUCCUUCCUUCAGCAAGAGUCCGAGUUGGAUCGGACACUGUCAUCGCUCAUGAAGUACCUCGAAGACACAGAAGAAGGGGUAGAAAUAGGCAAAACAUUCGGGUACUGGGCGUUUGACACCAUCUCGCGGGUCGCGCUGUCAGAAGAUCAAGCGUUUCUGAGUCAGCAGAAGGACUGCGGUGCCACGCUCAAGGGCGCGUCUAGGCGACUGGCUCACGCGCAAUACUGGUGUGCGCUUCCGGCUCUGGAGCGCCUGAUAUUCAAAAACCCGCUCAUGCAAAGAAUGCAAUCGUCGUCGGCUCUGGGCACUCUCGCAGCACAGAAGAUGCAGGCGAGACUGCGGCAGGAGAAGGAGACUGAUCUUGAAGAUCAGGUUGAUUUGCUGGGCAAGUACCUCACUGCCAGUCGGAGAGACCCUGAUUUGGUCAAGCCAGUCGAUGUGAUUGGCUUCCUGGUGUCAACCAUGCAUGCAGGGAGCGAGACAACGGGACAAGCGGUUGCCGGGAUCCUGUCGGUCCUAUUAAAGCAUCCAAAGAAGAUGGCCAAGCUCGAGGAGGAGAUCCUAUCGGCGGAAUUGGGUGAUAUGCCACAAUUCGGAGACGCGAACAAACUGCCAUAUCUGGACAGUGUGAUUCGGGAGUUUGGCAGAUUCAGAGGAGGCGGGCUAACGCUCAUCGAAAGGACGGUGCCGGGUGAUGGAGCAAUGAUUGGUGGGAUCUGGAUUCCUGGUGGCACAAACGUGUCGGUCAGUACGACAGUGCUAAACAUGAAUCCCGAAAUCUGGGGACCAAAUCCGGAGCAGUUUGUGCCUGAGCGAUGGAUUGGAUGGAAUAAGUGA